AUGCGCCCUGGAGAUGGCGAGGAUCCACCGCGCGCUGCGGGAGGUGCCGCCGUGCUAGACCUGGCGGGCGGCUGCGUGCACGAGCUCACGGAGAACCAGCGCAGCGACGAGACGAUCUUCCGCUUCCUGCAGUGGCUGCGCGUGGACGAGCCGGAGCAGGCGCCGCUGCGGGAGGCCGUGCAGGCGGCGUGGGAGCGGUUGGGGCCACCCCGACACCUGCCUCGUCAUCUCGCAUGCCCACAGGAUUGCCACCAACGACGAGAGAACCGGCGGCUCGCGCCGGAGGGCGCGCUGCUGGUGGAGCGCCGGGCGCGGGCACUCGCGCGGCAGCGCUCGCGAACGACUUGGGGCGUUCCAUGGAAGACGCUUUUUGGCGUGAACUCGUGGAACAUUGGGACGAGCGUGAUGCAGGCGCUUCGGGAGGCUGGCGACGCAGAGGCGGCCGUUGUCUUCAGCUUGAGGUUCUCGGGUUGGGAGAUUCAUAACAACGCAGACAGGCUCCUGGAGGGGCCGCUCUCGGCAAAAGUUCGGCAUCUCCCCUAA